AGCUUUAAGAUGAGAAAAGUUGAUCUCUGUUUGAGCUCUGAAGGGGCUGAAGUGGUAUUAGCUACAUCAAGUGAUGAAAAGCACCCACCUGAAAAUAUCAUUGAUGGGAAUCCAGAAACAUUUUGGACCACCACAGGAAUGUUUCCUCAGGAGUUCAUUGUUUGUUUUCACAGACAUGUAAGGAUUGAAAAGCUUGUAAUCCAAAGUUACUAUGUGCGGACCUUGAGGAUUGAAAAGAGCACAUCUAACGAGCCAGUUAAUUUUGAGCUGUGGAUUGAAAGAGAUCUAGUACACACAGAGGGGCAACUUCAAAAUGAAGAAAUAAUGGCACAUGAUGGUUACGCCACUUACUUGAGAUUCAUUAUUAUGUCAGCAUUUGAUCAUUUUGCAUCUGUGCAUAGUGUUUCUGCAGAGGGAAUAGCAGUCUCAAAUCUUUCUCAAUAAUUCAAAGUAAGUGUUCUUACAUGAAUUUUUAGCAAUAUAGUUAGUUAAACAUGAAAUUGUCUUUGAAAUACUUUAUUAAAGGAAUUUGCAUCAA